CUUCCAUCCCAUACACAACAACAAAUGCAGGCAAAGACUGCUAUUGUGGUGACAGCUUCUGCAGACAUAUACCUUAACAUCCACAAGGGAGGAAGUAAGAUCUUGUAAUACAACACAGUGAGCAACCACAGAAGUAUGUGGUUCUUGAAUCUUUGACUACUCAUUUGAAAUCACACUUAGAACUCACAAUGCCUUGCCAAGAACGGAAUAACUCUGACUACUCACAUUCCGCUCUCAAUACACAAUACUAAAAUCAAAGUGUGAAACUCAACACGAAUAUUGGACUUUGAAUCGAACGUCGUGGUCACUUUUUUAAUACACUGAAUUUACGGCCUUACCAAUCACCCUUGCUGUGUUACUAUAGUUUGUUCAGACAGAGUUUAUGUAAGUCUACUUUUACUUUCGGAAAAAUGGAAAAACGGACCCAACCCAAAUGGUUCACCCCAGUUCAAAAUGCUCAGGACGGACAGUUACCUAAUCUAUACCUUUAUAACAGCUUAACGUCACGAAAGGAUCUAUUUAUCCCGCAAGAUGGAAGGCAUGUUAAGUGGUACACCUGUGGUCCCACCGUGUAUGAUGUAUCACAUCUGGGCCAUGCAAGGACCUACGUCGCUUUUGACGUUAUUCGUCGUGUGUUGGUUGAUUAUUUUAAUUUUAAGGUCACUUACGUCUUAAAUAUUACUGAUAUCGAUGACAAGAUUAUUAAGCGUGCUCGACAAAAUCACCUGAUCAGUGAUUAUCAGCUCAAAGAUCCCGACCUAGCUACAGUUGUCGGUGAUAUUGCUAAAGGAAUUCAGAAAAUUAAGUCCAAAAUUCAGUUUGAAACGGAUUCGGAUAAAAAAGCAUACCUAAACAGUGAAGUAGAUCGUCUGAUAUCUCUCCUAUCUACUGUGCCACUUGAUGAAGAGGAUCCAAUUAAUUACUUGAUACUGAACGCUCGUGAUGCUAUUGCUGAUACCUUGGACGCAGCCUACGGCGCUUCCAUCAGUGACCACCAAAUAUUCGAGGUGUUAGCUAGACAUUUUGAAAAGGAAUAUCUCGUUGACAUGGAGUCUUUAAACAUCAUCCCUCCAUCAGUACUUGUUCGGGUUACAGAGUAUAUAGAUGCAAUAAUAAAAUACGUGAAACAAAUUAUAGAUAAUGGCUUUGCAUAUGUUGCUCCAUCUGGAUCAGUGUAUUUUGAUACAAAUCGAUUUGCAAGUUCUCCUAUGCAUUUUUAUGCUAAGCUUGUGCCAACUGCAUAUGGGGAUACUAAUCAACUGGAAUCUGGAGAAGGUGAACUGUGUAUAACAGGAGAGAAAAAGUCACCGAAUGAUUUCGCUCUAUGGAAAGCAUCCAAACCCGGAGAACCUUUUUGGUCUAGUCCUUGGGGUAAAGGCAGACCUGGAUGGCACAUAGAAUGUUCAGUUAUGGCUAGCGAUAUUCUUGGGGAUACUCUUGAUAUACAUAGUGGUGGGGUCGAUCUGAAAUUCCCACACCAUGAUAAUGAACUGGCACAGUCUGAAGCCUACUUUGGACAUUCUCACUGGGUUAACUAUUUCCUUCAUUCUGGUCAUUUAACUAUAUCCGGUUGUAAAAUGUCAAAAUCUUUAAAAAAUUUCAUAACUAUUCGUGAUGCUCUUAAAACUCAUUCAUCUCGACAAAUUCGUUUGAUAUUUCUUUUACAUUCCUGGCGUGAUACUAUGGAUUAUAGUGUUGAUACAUUAGCAGAAGCUGUUGGUUUUGAGAAACAGUUAAUUGAUUUUUUGUACACCUGUUCAAAUAUUCAGUUUCUGGCGAAGCAAUCUUUGUCGAAUAAACACGAUUUGAAAGAAACUGAAGACGGUGACUUUCAACAGACUCUUGUGGAUAUACAACAUAAAGUAUAUGAUGCAUUAUGUGAUUCUUGUGAUACUCGAUCAGUUCUGGAUUGUAUUAAAGUUUUAAUGUCUGAAGCUGACUCAAGAAUAUUCAGUCGUAUUGAACCAAACAAGUGUAUUUCCAAACUGGCUGAUGAUGCUUUCGCUACAGGUCGUUUUAUUCUUCAAUUGUUGCGUAUUUUCGGAGUUGCUGAUCACACUGCUGUUGCUGCUGGUUCUCCGGUACCAUCUGGAGCUAUCAUAGCCGGUGGUAAAGUUCCAGAACAUCAUGAAAGUAUUCCUUUAAGAGAAGCUGAUGAAAGUGCAUUUGGUUUCCGUAGUUGGCUUUCUCUCGAUACGCUAACUGAAGAACGUCUUAUAUCCAGUGUACAUAAAUCGUUGGAAGCUUGUUCCAUUUUUAUUCAAGCUAUUAUUCAUGAAGGUGACACAUUUAAGGAGAUUGUGAAUACUUUCGCCUAUGAAGUGCAGAAACAGUAUGGAAUUGAUUUAUUCAAUGUGCAAUCAGAUGAAAGGCAAUCUUUAGAAUGCAUUUUGAAAACUACCGAUCAAGCUAGUCUUUCUGAAUCGACGUGUAUACCACAUGGAUUAGAAAUUAAUAUUUGGCCAGUUGUUCUUAAUUUUCUUCAUACACUUAUUUCUAUAAGAAAUACAGUAAGAAAGGUUCUAUCCUCAGGCUCCAUAACUGAUUCUUUAUGCAAGAAACGGUUAUACGAAGCAUGUGAUCGUUUUCGUGAUGUUGAUCUUGUCAAUGCUGGAAUUCGGCUUCAGGAUCGAGCUACAGCAAUUGAUCUUAGUUGUGGUUUAGAUAUUUCACCUUUUAUUGGAUUGGUUGACAAGAAAUUUUUGAUGAGCGAGCAUUCAGAAAGUAAAACAAAGGUUAGCGCUUGCUUCGUGAUGCAGUUUAAUGAAUUCCUCAAUGCGUGCUGUUCACUUCCAACGUCUUUUACUAAUUUCCUCUUCAACUGGAAACCGGUUUGUUCUCUCCUACAGGCUGUUGCUGAUGGUAUACAGCCAACGGACAUUCAGUAUCUUCUAUAAACAAUUAUUUAUAAAUACUUUUACCUUUUUGAUGAUGGUUGUGGUAUUUCUCCAAGUUUUAGCUCCGUACAGUAGAACUGUCUUGACGUUCGUAUUGAAUGUUGUGAUUCCGAUGUUGGCUGACAGUUGUUUUGAGUUCCAUAUGUUCUUCAAUCGUAGGAAUGUUGUCCGUGUUUUACCAAUCCUCUCCCUCACGUCUGCAUCAAACCCUCCACGUUCAUCGAUGAUGCUUCGCAUGUACCUGAAAGGUUCCACCUCUUCCAGAGUUUUUCCAUCAAGUGAGAUUGGAUUGUUCUCUGUGUUGUAGUUGAGGAUGUCGUUUUUUUCCUUGUAUAUGUUGAGGCCUACUGAUUCAGAGGCUGCUGCUACACUAUUUGCCUUCCAUUGGAUUUGUUCGUGUGUAUGGGAUAGAAGGGCCAGUUCAUUUGUGGAUUCGAAAUCGUCUAGCUGCUUCAAAGCUGUCAAUUGCAUCUCGUACUUCCCCUCAGAUAUGAAGGUCUUCAUAAUCCAGUCAACUAUCAGGAGAUAGAGAAAGGGGGAGAGUAAGAAACCUUGUAUGACUCCGAUCCUUACUUGGAAUGCGUCUGUCGGCUGUCCGUUGAUUGAUAUAGAAUCGAAAUAAUUAAAAAAUAUGGUUAGAUGAAUUAAGUUGCCGUUGUACCAGAGUUAUGUUUUCCCUAUUAUUUCAUCUUCUCUCUUCCACGAUCAACGACAGGUUAUUUAUCCGAUUAUUCUGUAAAUUAUUCGUUUUCCUCUUUUGAUGAUGUAACACAGGCUUUCUGGUCUCGUCCUCUGAGUUAACUUAUCAAUAUCUUAUGAUUAUUUAACGGAUUUAUCCAAAAACAAAAGAACCCUGUUUCACUUUCUCGUACUCUUUUAUCUUCUAGAAUGUAUUAGUACCCACUGAAUUCAUUUAAAUUAUUCACUGUAUUUCAAGAUGAAUUAAAUCUCUACCAAUUUAUGUUUAACCGAGAAUCAUUGAUAUGUAAUUUACAUUCUAGUGGUUAAUUUAACAGUAUCCUAGGUCAUUAAAAAAAGUUACUAACUUUUUGCACUUUUUAAUCUUCUCACAUCCUAUUGUUUUGUUUAUAUACGUUUCCAGAUUGAUAUUACAUCUACUUAUGUCUCUUAUAUGGGUUUUAUUUUAACAUAAUUUUUUGUCAUUUCAUCGAUUUUUAUUCGUUGAAAGACCAUAUUAUUUAGGCUUCAAUAUGCAUUUCAUAGUUUUUAAUUAGGCAUAGGAUAAUUGAUAUGUUUUCUGUUUGUCCCAUUAAUUUUUGCACUGUACUGUACUACUGCAUUAUGUAAACAAAUGACGAUUUAUAUGCUUUAUAUAGAUUUCAUAAAUCCUACUAUUAAACUACCAUUAAGCUUUUUCUUUGUAAUUUAAAUCUUUGCACUUACACAUUAAAAAUAUUCCAUGGACAAACAAUCCGUAUAUUCCUCCUAAUAAUCUUUACUUUUCCAUUAUCAGCGCCUUGGGUUUUAUUCACCGAUCGACCAAAUAUAAAGAUUAGUUGUAUCUUAUCAUUAUCUUUUGAACAGAUAAUAAACACUUCGUUCUCCCACUUCGGUAUUUCGUACUUUAGAUCAAGCACAUUUGAAGUAUUGUGAUUGUUGUAUUAUAGGAUUAUAAAACAUUAGGAAAAUCUAAGAAAAAAUCACUUACAUUUACACCAUAAAAUUUACUUAUCACAAUGCAUGUAACUUGAUGAAGGAACAAAUACAUUUAUUUAUUUUAACACAUAGAUAUUGGUACAAGGAGGCACCAAAUACAUAUGCGCCACACAAAUCUCAUUCGAUAUGUGUGAGAGCUGUGCUACUGCCCGGGUGCCCAAACUGAACCAGGUGGUUUUCUUAGGGGGCCACUCCCCGAGCCUUCGACCUGAAGGUCUGACCCACAAGGCAGUGGAGCAUCGUAAUGAGAUGCAGUCCCAUGGUAGCCGGUGACCAACAAUUGGUUCAUACGCCAUAUGUUCCCGCAGGAUACUGGGGCUCAUGUGCACCAUUGGUUUGGAAUAUGGUUAAAUCGCCGGACAUUCGCUUUUCGUCCUCUCAUUUUUGUAAACAACACCCGUGGUGCGAGAAGGCAGUGAUUAGGUCUUCCCUGGCGGAAGCUAUAUACGCGUGGCCAUGUGAGAGCAUUUCGAGAGGGAGAGCGGACUCCUCACUCUCGACCGUACCAGGGCAUUUGGGGGCUAAUAAAGGAACAGUUUAUCAUUCACUAACUUAGGGCAUAGUUUGUUCGGUUUUAUUGUCAUAAAACUGACCAGUUUCAGUGACUAACUAUCAGUAAAUUGCUCCCUGUUUUAUAUUUUCCUCGUUUAGCGUGUUGAAGCAAAAGUUAUAAAAGAAAGUGUUAAGCAAAAGACUGGACGUAUACCACCUUCGGAGCUUUUCAUAUCUGAAGUUGAUAAAUAUUCAAAAUUUGAUUCUAAGGUAAAUACGGUUAUUUGCCUAUCUUUGAUUAAAGUUGUUCAGAAUAUUACUAACUAGACUGAGAAUUGUUACUCAUGUGAACAAGUGCAUUUCUGUAUAAAACCAUCCGAUCCCCACUUUAAUACUAAACUUUAUGCUCAUUUUGUAUCUGUAUGUGCUUGUACAAAUUCGUUGGGCUUCAUAAAAAUUUGUUUUUUUGCUCAAUCCAAUCAGUUUUGCACACAUAUACUACUCUAAUGUGUUUCCACUAAUUAAAUUAUUCCUUUGAGUUUCAUAUCUUUUGUCGAUAUGAGUUUGUGAAGAUUGUUAAAUGUUACUGAGAUCAUGAACCGAUCUGGGCUAGACAAUCAUUUUAAAUCAGUAAGCUCUGAACAGCCGUUUCGUCUUUGUAUGAGGUUCUUCAGGAAUGGAAAUGUACGAUCUCAUCACUGCGGAUCGAACCCAGGAAUUAGAUUUAUGAUUUUCGUCACGAAAUAACAUCAGAUAUAAUGCCAAUAUGGUAUUUAACUAAGUGAGUAAAUGAACUUCGCGCUAAAAUCCAUGACCUGCCAUCUUAAAUCUGAUUGAUUCGUCCAUAAAUUAUAGUCUCGUCAAAAUACUUAUCAGUUACACUAUCUUCAUGCUUUUUUUUCAAUAUCAUAAGUUUCCUAAGCUUAAUUUUUUAUUUGUGAAAAACUUCAGUUUACAUUAUCUGUUUUGUUCACUUGAAUUUUAAUAAAUAUAGGGUAUGCCUACACAUGAUGCAUCAGGAAAUGAAUUAUCUAAAAGUGCUUUGAAAAAAUUACAGAAAUUAUAUGUUGCACAAGAGAAACGUCAUGCAGCAUUUUUAAAAAGUAAAGAAUAAUGUAACCGUUUAAAGCAAGUAAAACCUAGUCAUAUUUUGUAUUAGCCGUGUUUGGUGUGUUGAUCCCCUUCCCCUCCUCAAAUUUUUUUCAGAUCUUCACUUCAUUCUUAAAAAAACAUUGUUCCAUCUUCAUUGAAUGUGUAUAUUCAAUUGUGUAUGAUGUUUGUUUUCGAUAUAUUUGAGGAUUUCAAUGUAGUUCUCAUUUUUUUAAAUUUUUUUAUCUUUGAAACGGAUAUUUUGUAUUUUUGUUUUUUUAGUUAACAGUUUUUAAAAAGAAAACCAAUUUAGGGGGAUUCUGUUUACACUUUAUGUAUCUACACUUACUAUUUAUGAUAUACAAUUAAGAUGCUAUUCGUUGGUAUAUAUUGGUGCUUUGAUAUAUUAUUAGUUCCCACAUAAAUAUCAUUGUUGAAAG